CUUGGUUGGAACCGCUCCCUUCUCUCAUUGAUCAGACCAGGUCGUCCCAGGACCCACAUGGAUUCAAGACUCCUCAUUUGUGCUGUGGUGCUUUUGGCCUUAAUGCUUAAAGAUACUGCGGCACAGUCAGAUGUGUGUGGCACUGCUCCGCUCAACACCAAAAUUGUUGGAGGCCAGGCUGCUCCAGCAGGCACUUGGCCCUGGCAGGCUAGCCUGCACAAGUCUGUCAGACAUGUGUGUGGAGGUUCCCUCAUCAACAGGGAAUGGAUUCUAUCUGCUGCCCACUGCUUCGACAGCGCAAGUACAUUUGGCUGGACCAUUUACCUUGGACGGGACACUCAAGGCAGCAUCAAUCCCAAUGAGGAGUCCAGAACCUUGUCCCAGAUCAUCAGGCAUCCUGACUACAGCAGCAUAACUAAUGAUAAUGACAUUGCUUUGUUGAGGCUCUCCUCCCCAGUGGACUUCACUGACUACAUCAGACCAGUGUGUCUGGCUGCAGCGGGAAGCGUCUUCCCUGCCGGGACCACCAGCUGGGUCACAGGCUGGGGGAAUAUUGGCUCUUCAGUUCCCCUGCCUGCACCACAGAGGCUGCAGGAGGUGGAUGUCCCCAUCGUGUCCAACACCGUGUGCAAUGCCAACUAUGGUGGAGGAAUCACAGACAACAUGAUCUGUGCAGGUCUGUCGGAGGGAGGGAAGGACUCUUGUCAGGGGGAUUCAGGUGGCCCCAUGGUGAACAAACAGGGCUCCCAGUGGAUCCAGUCUGGAGUCGUGAGUUUUGGUCAGGGUUGUGCUGAGCCUAAUUUCCCAGGCGUCUAUGCUAGAGUGUCCCGGUACCAGUCCUGGAUCAACAGCCAGAUCCAAAGCAACCAGCCGGGCUUUGUUUCUUUCUCAGGCUCCACUGACGUUUCCGGUGGAACAAAUCAACUCUUUUCCCUUUCCAUUGCUCUGUUUGUGUCCAUUUUACCUGUGCUCUUCUCUGUAUGUCUCCUCUCAUAAGAACUGGCAGGUCCCCUUUUAAAGAAAUAGUUGGAGGACAAGCAAUAUCUUGGGCUUGGGUCGGGUUUGGGCCCAAAAUAAGAAUUGCCGUUGGGUUCGGGUCAGGUUCGGUUAAUACGCUCUUGGGCCCUGUUUGGGUUUGGACAAAAAUUUGUGGCUCAGUCCACACUCUAGUGGUGAUAUCUCCUUCUCAUUGGUACACAAUACUGGAUAGUGGCAGGAUGCUGCACAUGCUAAAUGCUAAAUGCGAAUCUCAAAUUUUUCAAAAUGGGUGAACUAUCACUUUAAGGUAUUGAGGUAUUUUUCUGAGGAUUUAAAACCAAGGCAUAGGCAGGGAAUAAGCUAUAGGCCAAUAUUGGCCUUUCAUUCAAAAUGUGAUAUUAGCCAGUCAAUACUCAUCAUAAAUAUCCAACAUGAUCAAUUUGUUUGAUUAUACAAACCACAGUGGGACGUCCUGAACCACGUUGUGGGUUUCAGUCCAAUGCUCAAAAGGCUUUUUCCAUCCUGAUAAGAUUUUUUUUUUCUAUUCUGGUCUUUUUAGUCUGAAAAUUGUUAGAUUUUAAUAUACUUAUUAUGAAUACAAAUUUUACAUAUUUUACUCUAAAAUGACUUAGAAUUUAUUGCUGAUCAAAUUUGAAUGUCCUGGGCAUAGUAGGGGAGUUGCAAUAUACCUUCUACUGAUGAUAACCGUGAUUUAAAAAAAAA